GGAUUUCAGGAGAAGUGGAACCGUGGAGAAACCUGAAUUGGCAGUUUGUAGUAGCAAGAAUAGGUUAGUAAAAAUGCUGUUAGCUAAAGUACAGACUUUAAAUAAAAAAGCAGUAUCAGAUAGUUGGAAUAAGCGACUAGACAAGGCAUGGGAUGUGUAUAGAGAUUUCUGUAAAGUUAUGAAUUUGAGAGCACUUCCAUCUGAAGUUGAUACAUUGGUAUCUUUCAUUGUUUGGUUAGAUUUAACUCAGUCAAUUUCAGGUUGUAUGGAUGUUCUAGCAGCAGUUUCAAGAGCGCAUCUUGAAGCCCAGCUUACAGAUCCAUCUAAGGAAUAUAGAGUUAAGAGGGUUUAUAGAGCACUGUUAAAGGAUCAUAGAAAGGCUAAAGACCCAAACUGGCCUCGUGAUUCUUUAACAGUAGCUGCCUUAAAGUUUUUUGUUGACAAGAAACCACAGCUAAUCAGUAAUGAUUUUUGGAUAUGUGAUGCUGCAUUGAUAGCUAUUGGCUUGAGAACUAUGCGCCGUCUUGAUCAAUUUGCCAAUGGAAAAUUUAUUCCGAUAGAAUAUUCAAAUAGUAAAUAUUGUCCAGUCAGGCUAUUAAGAAGACACCUGGCAAUUAGGCCAAGAAUAUCAGAUGAUAUGCCACUUUUCCUGUCUAAAAGCAGGGUACAGUUGUCAGUAGGGGCAGUAGGUGCUAUUGUCAAGAGAAUCGCAGAGAAUACAGGCCUCCAAGGUAAAUUCACUGCUCAUAGCAUUAGAAUAGAAGGUGCAAUAGCAGCAAUAGAGGCUGAGCGUAAAGCUUUCUUAUCAUGUCAAUUGAAUAGAAAUGAUAUCUCCAAAGAAACUUAUGAAUCAAAAAACUCUAAGCUUACAGAAUUAGAAACUCAAGUUGGAUUACUAUUUUCCAAAACUACACGAUUAGAAAAUAAUAAAAUUUUAUUUCAAACUGAAAUCAAGAAACUUAAAGAAGAUUUACAACGCAUUGCCAAAAGCUAUGAAGAUGAUAAAACAAAACUAGAAAAAUAUUAUUCUGUUAUUCGACAAACUCAUUCUAUAUUACAAGAAAUGUUUAAUUCUAAUGAAAUAGAUAUUCUGCGAUUGUCAGUUCUCUGUAAAGAAAUUAAAGAAAUUUGUGAAGGUUGUGAAGAUGUAAAUGGUUUGAAUAUUCCGAUAUACAAUUCAUUUGAAGAAGCGUUAAAUGCUUCUGAGCAAAAAAUAAUUGAAUUAGAUAAAGAUGGAAAAUAUAUUGAACCAAAGUUUCUAUCUUUAGUUCGACAACAUUGUUUUUAUAAUAUUCAAUAG